AACGUCCAGCUGUCGAUAUUGCCAGCCUUCCGUCAAUUUCUGCAAACCGGACGCUCAAACCUCAUAUGGAUACAUCAUGCUGCUCUUCCGUACCGAUGCGUAGCGGCCGCGCCGUCUCAAAGCGCCCUUGUGUCCCCGAUGCCCGUCUCCGCACCCUGAGCCGCUUCCGAUCAGUUCCUUUCUCGCCGUGACCCCUGCGAAUUCACGACUCGUACCGCUUAUCAGAUCCGGAUCACCAUGCCCGGCUUAUUGGACCUUCCCCUUGAGAUAAGAAACACCGUAUACGAUCUCCUUUUGCACGAUGCCCUGGAGCCUCAAUCCCGAGGUGUUAUGGUCGUUUCAGAACCGUACGUCAAGAACCACCUGCCACUUCGGUGUUACCGCGGUCUGCUACGAGCAUGUCGCCAGCUACAUCACGAAUUCAAGCAGGCGAUUCGGCAUAUGGCCGCUGCGAAGCAACUUGUCUACGAGCUGGAUGUCACGUUUUCCCACGGUCGGCCUUUCUUCUCUCUGACUUGGGUAUGGUUUCCCGGAUUGUCUCAAACAAUCAACUCGAUGAUCAUCAAUGUGGACCUGCGCGUUCGAGAACCCUUCGAUUUAGGGGUAUUUGAUCAGCCUAUACCUCACGAACACGAGCUGGCCCAUCUGCUGGAAGAUGCACCGGAGAGUUUCGCAGAACAGCUGUUCGAUUACGUCGCCAUUCUCCUCAAAGCAUUGGCCAACUUACUCGGCAAUGGUGAUCGCAGCUUCAAUGUUCUGUAUACCGAGACUAUGAUUUUAAAUUGCCGGAUGCCGACAAAGCUGGUCCCAGGGCCCCCGAGGAGCGUCUACAUGCGUCGUGUCCCUGUAGAUCGGGAAGAAGCAGACAAGCUGUUCGAUACGAUGCGCAACACACUCAAAGCGAACGCCAAAGCAUUUCAGGGCUUUGAUGCCGUGGGUUGCGGAAAGUUGUCGCCUUUGAUCCAGAUUGGUUCCCUCCGCUUCGCGACGGAGGGGCGGGUUUGGGGCGAGGGCCAUAAUCUGAUCCUCGCUCAUGACGACUUCCAGUGGCUUCGGUAUUGAAAGAAUAGAUAUCCGUUAGCUUGUCUAAACCGACACCAGCGCCAUCUCCACCGAUUGGAUUGGCACCUUACGAUUUUCAACGAAACAUAAGAGCUCUAUCUCGCAUUGUGGCUCUCACGACCCAUGAC